GACAGGAUUAAAGAUCAAAACAAAAAUGAUCUUGGUUUGUCUGACAACAAUGUUGGUAUUAAUUGAGAGUAAUUGGACAGACAACCAACAAAAUGACCAGCAGGUUAUUAGGGGUAGCAACUAACGUCCUAGAAUGGACGGGAUUUUUUCUACAAUGGACAGUGUCUAAAUUGAAAUAUACUGUGCUAAAAAUAUCUAUUAUAUCUGGAAUAUUAGUGUUCUUGUUGUGGUUAUCAAUUUUUGUUUAUGCCAGUUUUUAUUAUAUAUACAUGCCCCAUGCUUCUCAUGUAAACGAAGCCUAUUUUGAGUUUGAUGUAUGUGAAAAUGGAGUUGGAAUGUGUUCAUUCCCAACUGCUAAUGUUUCAUUUGGAAAAUAUGGUCGGGAAGAGAUAUUAAGAGCCGGGCAGACAUACCGAAUACUGGUAGAUUUAGAGUUACCAGAAUCCCCGAUAAAUCAAGAAAUAGGUAUGUUUAUGGUAAAGGUACAGAUGUAUGAUAGAACAGGCAAAUUAACAGCUCGGUCAUCUCGUUCUGUAAGUUCUAAAUCAGCUGUACUUCAUUACCAAUCAUUUUUAUUAAAAAUCAUAAAAACUUUGGCAUUUGCUCCAGCCUUUAUAGCGGGUCUGUCCGAAGAAAAACAAAUUUUACAAGUGGAAAUAUUUUCAGCUUAUGUGGAUGAUCUUAAUUAUCCAUCAGUGGGAACAUUAAUAGAAAUACAGAAUAAAAAAAUACAAAUUUAUUCAGCAAAAUUAAAUAUAUUUGCAUAUUUUACAGGGUUAAGAUAUUAUCUAUUUUAUUGGCCAGCUUCAAGUGGUGCUGUGGGCAUUGCGUGUAAUUUUGUAUUUUUUUGUGUAAUAGCUGCUUUAUCGUGGUAUAAAUAUUUCUGUGAGGAAGAGGAAGAGAUAGCAGAUCCAAUAUUAUUUAACAGACGGUAUUCAUUAUUUGAUCGUAGAGCUAGGAUUCAAGCUCAAUUAGAUCGAGAGAAAGAUGAAGCCGAAGAAACAGAUGAAUCUGCAGACAGAGAAAAUGAAGAUUUAUCAGAAGCUGACAGAAUGAAUAUACAACCGGAAACUGUUGGUAUACUAGUUAAUGAUAAUUCACAUGAUAUACAAGAUGAAAGUAUUGGUUUUCUCUCACCCGAAGGAGAAGAAACUGUUCUCAAAUCAGGGGAUGUAACUCUUUUAACAGCCACAACCUCAGCUUUGAGACAACGUAGACCUAGUCAACAACUUGUUCAUUUUGAUCUCCCAAAUUAAAAAUAAGUUUUAUUCCAAAGUUCAACUCAGGAAAAACAGCAUAAAUGUAUGUAUGUAUGGUUUGAUGAAUUUGUUUCCAACAAAAUAUAACAGAUCUUCCGAACAACUUUGUUUAACAUGUCACUUAUUUUAUUUUACACCAUGUCAUUUGAGAUACAUACAUUGUAGUAUUAAAUUAUUGUGUAUUAUUUAAUCCUAAAAAACUAAAUGUCAGAUUAAUCUAAUAUUAAGAAAUGAUUCAGAAAUCAUGGGUUUAAAUUUUAUCCAAUUUGUUCACAUCUGUUAAAAAUACCUUCCCACGUACAAUCAGGGUGAUUUGAUGAUAUAUUUGGACUAAAAACAUAUUCAAACUCGUUAAUCUAUCAAAAAUUUGCUUCAAAUCCCUC